AUGGAAGGGGACCGCGCGGGAGGACCCAAGGCCGCGGAUCUGCGCCGCGACAUGGCGGCGGCGCGGGCGGCCUGCGAGCGGCGGAUCGCGCAUGGCCGCGAGCGCACCGCGGCGGCCGCCUCCGCCUUCCGCGGCGCCAUCCUCUCCGCCCGCUCGCUCGCCGAGCACAGCGUCGCGCACCGAGAAAAGCUCAACGCUCUCAAGGACCAGCUCAGGGGACUGGAGGCAGGUCUGGCAGAAGCUCUGUCCACCCAGCUGAAGAAAGAAUCAGAAUGUAAGCUCACCAGCGAGUCGAUCUCGAACGCCACUGCAACGAACGAGCAGCUCAGGGGCCUGCUCUUGGAUCAGAGGGCUAGGAGAGAUGAGUUUGCGAACGUCAUAUCACAUCAGCUCCAAGCUAUCGAAGCUCUUGAAGCUAAUGUUGAUGUGAUGGGGAAAAAGAACCUGGACGAAGCUAUUAUGUGGUACAAUAAAUUUCUUGGUUUUCGAGUUGUUGCAGGGGAAGGGGUUAAAUUUGUCUUCAGCAAAGUUGACAUGCAAAGUCCUGACGAUGAGUAUUCGUUUUGCAUAAAAGUCAAUAAAGACGAGUACAGCUUAAUUCAAUGUACUCCAUUACUGAAAGACACUGAAGAAUUGGUGAAGGAUUUGAACUGCACUAAUGAUCUCUUCAAGUUUGUUAGAAUCAUGAGAGCAAGAUUCCAAGCGGCUGCAAUCAAAGCAGGGGUUCAUCCUGCAACUUCAUUGUGCACAAACACAUCGUCCACACCAAUUUCAUCCCCACCGGCUGCGUCAGUUGACACCACAAGCGAAGGCACCACCAAUCAAAGUCAUUCCCGAAGCCGGUCAAAGAAUCAAGAUCCGCGUGCAAAGAGAGGUGCCCCUCCCCGAUCAACAGCAUCUCCCCUUACAUCGGGAUCUGUCACCCGCCGCUCCCCACGCUUUGCUGCCGCUGAUGCAGGGAAUAGGCAUUAAGCAAUAGGCAAAAACCACCUGGGCGGCAUCAUGUCAUGCUGUUUGGCUGUAUCACAGUUUAGAUGGCCCUCAUCGAGCAAAUUCCGAGUAAGGCAAACUGAACAAGAACGAAAAUAAGCAGCGGGCAGUGUACUUGGUGGACACAGAGAGUUCCAUCUCGAACUCCCUGUCCAUAGAUAGCUUCUGGUCCUCUCAACAUGGCAGCAUCAGCUCACAUGUAUCUGUACAGCGAAGUUAAGCAUCCAGUAUAUCUUCGACGAGCGCUGCAGCUGUCGGUAGCUUGGAUUUGGUCCCUGCUAUGCCAUUGUGGGUGAUGUAUAAUAUGUUGUAAGUCUAUCAGUCAUUCAGUUGUAGCAGUUUCUGUAUGGCGUGAACUCAAAACCUGUUAUAGUUCCACUGUGUGCUAUUUAUUCGGCCAUGAACAUGAACAUGCCUAUUUCUGGUGCA